UGCAAACGUUUUUAAUGGCCUAAAUUUAUGCUUUUUACAGAGCAAAUAAUCGACUUUGAAAUAUAAAAGCAACGUUUCGAAGAAUUUUUUUUAUUUUGAUAAUUAUAGAUUAAUCAUGUCUCUUAGAUAACCGCAGAUCAUUUAAUUUGAUUAACUAAUAACACACUCCACACCUCUAGCUAUCUGUUGUUUGAUAAUGCUUAAAAUCUUGGAAUAUAAGACUAAUCAGUAAAUAUAAUUUCUGUAGACUGUACUGUGUAUAUAAAACAUUUAUAUGUUGGCUAAAAGUUAGGGAUACAAACAUCAAACAGUGAUGGUAUUAGCCUAACGUUUUUCUAUAUUGAUAGAAAAUUUUGAACUAAAUUGUACAAAACGUUUUCAAAUAUGGAGAGAAUCGACAGUACAGCUGCAAUGGCUUCAUUAGCCUCGUAUGACGAAACAUCUGACAAGUCUGACGAUGAAGGCAUUGUAAAUGUGGCAUCAGUUGACAAUAUAUCUGAUGACGACGAUGAAGAUUCAAGACCACCAUCACAACCUGCCACAACCCUAGAACUGGAAGAUGAAAACAGCAAAUCUGAAUCUACCCCACAGUCACAGGACACUGCACCGAAACCAAAGCCACAUAGAAAAAUAACAAGACUGGUAUCUAAUUAUGGAUUAGAUGAAGAGGAGGGUGAUGAAGAUGAUAUGAGUAUAUCCUCUGAGGAGGAAGAAGAAGAGGAAGAGGAGAGCUUGUACGGACCAGAAAAGAGAGUGGAUAGAACUACAUCAUUGAAUGCUGAACAGGCUUCAUCACUAUCAAGAAGUAUGCUGAACAAGUCUUUUGAUGAAAUAGAGAUUCCACCAGCUCCACCUGGGAAAUGUCCGGCUAAAUUACAAGACAAAAUAUCUGGUUUGUUUGAAAAGAUGAGAAAAGGUUUAGAUAUGAAUGAUAAAAUACAAAGGAGGAAAGACUUCAGAAAUCCAAGUAUCUAUGAGAAGUUGAUAGAGUUUAUUGGAAUAGAUGAAAAGGGAUCAAAUUAUCCUGCUGAGGUAUUUGAUCCCCAUGCUUGGGGGAAAGAAUCAUUCUACGAUCAAUUAGACAAAGCUCAAAAAGUGGAAAUGGAGAAAAGAGAGAAAGAAAGAAAAGAUCGAACGAAGGUUGAAUUUGUAACAGGAACUAAGAGACCUCAAUCUUCCACAGAUGUCACAUCCGGAGAUGAUAAAAAAAGAAAGACAAAGUGGGACAAUCAACCUACAUCUAAUGUGACUGGUUCCCGGGGAGGAUUACCUGGUGUUAUUAACCCUAACGUAGUGUCUGGUUCUGCUUCAGGAACUAAGUCUACAGUCAUACCUGCAACAGGAAAUAUUACCAAAAAACCUAAAUGAAUUUGUGAUUAGUUACAAGUUUAUGACUUAAAAAAUGUGAUUGGAAAAUCUACUAGUUGACAGUAUUUGAAAUUUUGGUAUGUGCCACUACUGUGGUACCAAACUGCUACUGAAUAUGAACUUGAGCAACAUGAAUGAAAAGAAAGAAAUGCAAACAGGAAAUCAGUAUCUUGUUAGAAAGGGUUAUCUCCCAUGUUUGUGGUAUUUAUUAGAAGCAUAUAUACAUCAGUUUUUGACAUUUUAUUAAUCUGAAUUAUCAAUUUGAAUUUUAUUAUGAAAUUACACUAGAAAAUUAUUUUGUUCCCUUAAAAACCACAAAUGAAAAACAUGAAGGACUACAGUUUAUUAAUCACAUGGGAGACAACUAUGGAAUAGAUUGAAGUUAGAAUAUGUAUUUUGUUUAAUAUGUUCAUAUUUUGAAAAAAAAAUGAAACAUUUCAAAUAAUGUCUGUAACAUAUGCCUUUGUAUAAUAAUCAUAACAUUAAAUUUCAUUUGUACAAA